GGAUUCCAUGUAGGUUGUUUCAGCUCAGUCAGCCUUGUGGUUCUCUCCUGUUUGCUGGACGCGAUGUGGUAAGAGGUGGCUCGUCGCGCUGCCCGAUCACCAGCGAGCAGCAAGAGAACCCGGCGCUGCGAUCAUCAUCCUCGCCAUUUCGCGUCUCCUCCUAGCAAGAUUCAGAUUCGCUUGGAGCCCCACGGUUCCCUGGCGCUUCAAGUCGACAGAGCCAACCGCCUGUCACUUCGUCCUUGUGCCUCACACAGUGCUAGUAGCACUCAGACUCGGAGUCGUUGCAGAUUCCUCACACCUUUCCCACAUUUUCCCUCGGAGUUGUAGCACUUUCCCUCUUUUCCUCACACUUUUCCCACCCUCUUUCGGGAUUCCUCUCCUCGUCGAACAGCCACCGCCGGCCACGAUGUCGCCGCCCCUUCCGCCGUCGUACUCAGUUUCGAUUCCUACUUCCACGGGGAAUCCGCGCGAUCGGGAACGACGCCUCCUCCAGCGCCGAUUACGCCGGUCGGUCGGUGGCGCUGCUGCCCCAUCGUCGCCGUCGACGGUUGUUGCCUUCGUCGUCGCGCUACAGCUGCUUUGGCUGCUGCCUGCGCGGGCUCCGUGCACCGUCGCUGCUGCGACUAUCUCGAAGGAUCCUGGCGCGCCUACGGGUGGUACUAUGGCGGCUCGAACAGCCGGGUUGACGUCAGGCCUCCCUCCAGAGACACUAGGGAGUGCCCCUGGCAGGGACGCAGAGACCCGCAGUGCUAGUAGUAGUGAUAGUAGUCGUAGUGGGCCCGGUAGAAGCAGCGUGGCGACGACGAUGACAACGACGAUGAUGAUGUUGAUGCGGGGUGCGGAGACCCAGUCAACCGGGAGUCGCAGUCCAAGCCGGACGGAAUGGGAAGAUUGCUCGCGCGAGCCAACUGUGGAGGUGCGGGACGUGUUCAUGGCGCCGGACCCGCCCGUCAUCGGCCACCAGUUUGAGCUGCAGCUGCCAGCAGUCGCCAGGCAGCUGAUAGCAGGGGGGCAUGUGGCAGUGACAAUAAAGUUUCACGGGCUGCCCGUGCAUGUUGAGUACACGGACAUUUGCCAGCAGACGGCAUGUCCUGUGCUCCCUGGGAGCUUCACGUUCCAGUAUUGGCGGAAUGUCCCCAGCCUUGCAUUCCCUGGGCCUUACUAUGCGCGUCUCAUGGCCACAGACUCCAACAGCACCGAGCUCUUCUGCAUAAUAGUCACGCUUAAUGUUGUCAGGGGAGUGGCGGGUGGUAGGGUGGGAGACGGGCUUGGUUCUCGUGACACUGGUGGUAUCAGAUAAGGCAGACAAGACGGCGGAUCGUCCCAGAAACCAUGUUGACGGGACAACGCUUCUCAUGCGCGUGCAUGUAUCGGUGGCUCUGCUAGCGCUGUGCAGUUUGUAUGUAUAAGCCCCAGUUGUAUAGCGUGUUUAUCUUCUCAACCUGGAAAUGAGCAGCAGUUGGGGGAAGAGUAUAGGGCUGCGGAAGCCUCUUACCAACAUGUUUAACGUUUCCAGGGGAUUUGCUGUGGUGGCCGGUCCAGUGGGGGUUCUAUACGAGGGCAUGCGAUGCGACAACAUGGCCUAGGAGGAUAGGGCAUGAUCACAGAGGCGGCUGCAACAAGAUGCACCAUAGGUAAAGGGAAAUCCGGCUCAAAUGCAACCCAUAACCAUGUGCAGAGCUUGUCAGCGACAUGGGUACAAUAU